AUGGCCAGAAAGAAUACUUCCGUGAAGAAGACGGAUGUGUCUUCCAGAAAGAGAAAACAGGAAGAUGACGUUGAAGUUGAGUCUGAAGAUGAGUUUCAAGUAGAAGGCUUGAUAGAUGCCUCGAGUGAUGAGGAAGAUAAUAAUGAAGAAGAAAAUCAAAAAGAAGUAGCGGAAGAAGAGGAAUCCGAUGAUGAAACUGAUUCUGACGCAGAAUUGAAUGAUUUGAUUGGCUCGGAAGAAGAUGCCAGUGACUAUGAUUCUUCUGAUUUUUCAGAUGAACCAAGGGAAGAUUCAGCUUCCAUCACAGACAAAUUAUCCAACAUUAAAUUGAAGGUAAUACCCACUGAAGAUUCAGAUAAGACUAUUCAUACCACGUUUUCUGACGGUAAGCCUCGGGAAAUAAAGCCUGAAAUUAAUCCUGUUUAUGAUUCAGAUGAUUCAGAUGCUGAAGAUUUUAACACCAUUGGUAACGUUCCUAUAAGUGCGUACGAAGAGUUCCCUCACAUAGGGUAUGAUAUCAAUGGGAAAAGAAUCAUGAGACCUGCUAAGGGAUCUGCAUUGGAUCAAUUAUUGGAAUCCAUCGACUUACCUGAAGGAUGGACUGGGUUAUUAGAUCAAAACACCGGUUCAGGGUUGAAAAUCUCGGAUGAAGAAUUGGAACUUAUUCGUAAGAUUCAAGCUCAAGAAAAUACUUCUGAAAUCAAUCCUUAUGAAGAUUAUGUUGAUUGGUUUACUAGACAUGAAGAAGUCAUGCCAUUAACUGCUGUUCCUGAACCCAAAAGAAGAUUUGUCCCUUCCAAACAUGAAGCAAAGAGAAUCAUGAAGAUUGUUAGAGCCAUUAGAGAAGGAAGAAUUAUUCCACCAUCAAAAGUUAAACAACAAGCUGAACAAGAAAGGAUGAACUUUGAUUUAUGGAAAGAUACUGAUGGUCAAGAAUUUGAGGAUCAUAUCAUGAACUUAAGAGCACCUAAAUUACCUCCACCAACCAACGAAGAAAGUUAUAAUCCACCUGCUGAAUACUUACUUUCCGAAGAAGAGAAACAAAAAUGGUUGCAAGCCGAUCCCGAAGAUAGAGAACGUAGUUUUAUUCCUCAAAAAUACAAUGCGUUAAGAAAGGUUCCAGGAUAUCAAGAAUCAGUUAGAGAAAAGUUUGAAAGAUGUCUUGAUCUUUACUUAGCCCCAAGAGUUCGUCAUAAUAAGUUGAACAUUGAUCCUGAUAGCUUAAUCCCUGACUUACCAUCACCAAAGGAUUUGAGACCAUUCCCAAUCCGUACCUCUACUGUUUAUGAAGGACAUACUGGCAGAAUAAGGACACUUUCGAUUGAUCCUUCUGGAUUAUGGUUGGCUACUGGAUCAGAUGAUGGUUCUAUUAGAAUAUGGGAAAUCUUGACUGGAAGACAAGUUCACAAGAUUCAAUUGGUUAAGGAAGAUGACUUGGCAUCAGAUCAUAUCGAAACUUUGGAAUGGCACCCUGAUGCUGAAGUUGGUAUUUUGGCUGCAUGUGCUGGUGAAAUCAUUUACUUGAUAGUACCACCUGUGUUUGGCUACGAAAUUGAGAAUGCCGGUAGAUCUAAGAUUGAAAGUGGUUGGGGUUACGAUAAGUUUGGAAAUAAAAAGGGAGACAUCAAGAUCAAGGGUAAUGACGAUGAAGCUGAUAACGAUGAUGAUGACGAGGAACCUUCAACCAAGGGGGAUUCCAAAAAGACAGAAGUUGCUAAAUGGUUUACCCCUAACGCCAGCCAAUCUCAAGAUGGUAUAGCAGCUGUCAUUGAGUGUCGUCGUACAGUCAAGAAGGUUAGCUGGCAUCGUAAGGGUGAUUAUUUCGUCACUGUUUCACCAGAGAGUAAGAACACUGCCGUCUUGAUCCAUCAAUUAUCUAAGCAUUUAUCUCAGUCACCAUUCAAGAAAUCCAAGGGGAUCAUUAUGGAUGCCAAGUUCCAUCCUUUCAAGCCUCAAUUGUUUGUGUGUUCUCAAAGAACUAUCCGUAUAUAUGACUUGGCCCAACAAGUACUCGUGAAGAAGUUACUUCCCGGUGCACGUCUCCUUGCCAAUAUUGAUAUUCAUCCUCGUGGUGACAAUUUACUUGCAUCAUCUUAUGAUAAGAGAGUUCUUUGGCAUGAUUUAGACUUAUCAGCCACCCCUUAUAAGACCUUAAGAUAUCAUGAAAGAGCUGUUCGUUCCAUUACAUUCCAUAGAGGGAACUUGCCACUUUUUGCAUCCGCUUCAGAUGAUGGUACUAUUCAUGUUUUCCAUGGAAUGGUUUAUGAUGAUUUGAUGACUAAUCCCUUAUUGGUACCAUUAAAGAAAUUGACUGGUCAUAAGAUCAUCAAUAAUCUUGGUGUAUUGGAUUUGGCAUGGCAUCCUAAAGAAGCCUGGUUGUUCUCUGCUGGUGCUGAUGGUACAGCAAGACUCUGGACUACUUAA